ACCAAAAGUUUAGUUAUUGUAAUAGAAAAGGCAAUAUAAUAUGAUAUGAUGAGAGUUGGGUGCGGCUAACAAAUAAGAAGAGAGUUAAGGCAUGGCCUUAUCCUCUCCCUUCCUCUUUUCACCUGUGAACGCCACAUGUUCAGUACCCCAUUUCCAUUUCCAUGCACCAUCACUUUCUUCUUCUCACUUCCUAGUUACACCCUCCUCCCAUGUCCAUGUCUCUCACAAAUGGAGAGCCAAAGUUUCAUUUUUCACUUCCUUCUUGAAGAAAGGCAAAGAUGUUAAAGUCAUCAAGGAAGAACUCCUUGAGGCCAUUGCACCGCUUGAUCGAGGGGCUGAUGCCACUCCCCAAGACCAGCAAACAGUUGAUCAGAUUGCACGCGAACUUGAGGCAGUUAGUCCAAUAAAGGAGCCCCUAAAAUCUAACCUACUCGAUGGAAAAUGGGAGCUUAUAUACACUACCUCGCAGUCAAUCUUACAAACCAAGAGACCAAAGUUGUUGAGAUCAGCUACAAAUUAUCAAGCAAUCAAUGUCGAUACUCUAAGGGCCCAAAACAUGGAAUCUUGGCCAUUCUUCAACCAGGUGACAGCAGAUUUAACACCUCUAAGUCCAAGGAAAGUGGCUGUAAAAUUCGAUACUUUCAAAAUUGGAGGCAUAAUACCUAUCAAAGCACCUGGAAGAGCUCGUGGAGAACUCGAAAUAACAUAUUUAGAUGAAGAACUGCGGGUAUCAAGAGGUGAUAAAGGAAAUUUGUUCAUCUUGAAAAUGGUGGAUCCAUCUUACAGAGUUCCUGUUUGAUGGCAUUGUCAGCACUGGAAUAAAAUAUUUGUGCAUCACUAUUCAAGCUCACUUGGAGCCUUUUGGGACUUUUUUUUUUCUAUACAAAAAGAUAAAACUGAAAUAGUAUGAAUAUAAUCUUAAGCUGUGUAAUUUUGUAUUAUGUGGAAAAUUCUCAUUCAAAAGAAGUGGUUAUUAAUAUUUAUGGUUUUAGGUACUCUAAAAAGUAAAGGUUGGUCAUUAAAAUAAACAAUAUACACUCAUGACUUUGUUAUAUUAAAAGUAAAUUUCUUUAUCAAUGAUUAAGAGUACUUGCUUUUUAA